GCGCGCCCGCACCCAUGCACCCGCGCGCUGGACCCGCAGCUCCUAAUUCACAGUAGCAGCGGAGCGAGAGGCCGAGAGAAGCGCCAGGAAACCAACAGCGAAAAAAAGACUCGACUGAAACCUGUGGAAAGAGUGAGGAGCAACAUCUGUACGAAUUCUAGCAUCAGCGAUUUAAAAACACCUCCAGGAACGGAGCGGGAGAAGCCUUCAUGUUGACAGGGUCUCCUUACUCCCCACAUUCUGCUGCAUUUUUCUUCCAAGAGGAGAGUUGGGGCGUUGGGAACCGUGGCUGACCUGCAGCCAUGCACCGCUUAAGGACUACAGUUGCGAGGCUUGGGCCUUUAGCUGCUGCACAGACAGCCCAGAGCGCGCCACAGUCCCGGCUGUUGGCCCUGGAAGGAGGUGCAAGGACAUUUCAGCCGGUGAGGAGCCUGAGUGCGUCUGUGGCUGCUGAACCUUUUCUCAAUGGAACCAGUUCCAACUACGUGGAGGAGAUGUACUUCACCUGGCUGGAGGAUCCUAGGAAUGUGCAUAAGUCUUGGGAUAUUUUCUUUCGGAAUGCAAAUGCUGGAGCGCCGCCCGGUGCGGCGUACCAAAGCCCUCCUCCGCUCAGCGGGCUUUCUGACGGAACGACAGGCCUCCGGAUGCUGGUGGGAGCUCAGCCCAAUGUAGAGAAACUGGUGAAAGACCACCUGGCAGUGCAGUCACUGAUUAGAGCCUACCAGGUACGGGGCCAUCACAUAGCCAAGCUGGACCCCCUCGGUAUCAGCUGUGUGGACUUCGAUGACGCUCCGUGUACUGUUGGCUUUCAAAAUGUUGGUUUGUACGGCCUGACUGAGGGUGACCUGGACAAGGUGUUCCGGCUCCCCGCCAGCACUUUCAUUGGGGGCAAUGCCAGCGCGCUCCCACUCAGAGAGAUCAUUCGCCGCCUUGAGAUGGCCUACUGUCAGCAUAUCGGGGUGGAGUUCAUGUUCAUAAAUGACGUGGAGCAGUGCCAGUGGAUCCGACAAAAGUUCGAAACUCCAGGAAUCAUGCAGUUUUCCUUGGAAGAGAAGAGGACUCUGUUGGGCAGGAUGAUCCGCUCCACCAGGUUUGAGGAGUUCCUUCAGAGGAAGUGGUCUUCAGAGAAACGCUUCGGCUUGGAAGGCUGCGAGUCGCUCAUCCCGGCCCUGAAGACCAUCAUCGACCGGUCCAGUCAGUGCGGAGUGGAGAGCGUGAUCCUGGGAAUGCCUCACAGAGGGAGGCUGAACGUUCUGGCCAAUGUCAUCCGGAAAGACCUGGACCAGAUCUUCUGUCAGUUCGAUUCCAAGCUGGAGGCUGCUGAUGAGGGCUCAGGAGAUGUGAAAUAUCAUUUAGGCAUGUAUCACAGGAGGAUGAACCGAGUCAGUGACAGGUACAUCACCCUGUCGCUCAUGGCCAACCCGUCCCACCUGGAGGCCGUGGACCCAGUGGUGCAGGGGAAGACCAAAGCUGAGCAGUUUUACUCUGGAGACACCGAGGGGAAGAGGGUGAUGUCUAUUCUGCUCCACGGAGAUGCUGCGUUCGCAGGCCAGGGCAUUGUGUACGAGACGUUCCACCUUUCGGACCUGCCGUCCUACACCACCCACGGCACCAUCCAUGUGGUGGUGAACAACCAGAUUGGAUUCACCACAGACCCCAGGAUGGCUCGCUCAUCUCCGUACCCGACAGACGUGGCCCGAGUCGUGAACGCGCCGAUCUUCCACGUCAAUGCAGACGACCCGGAGGCCGUGAUGUUUGUGUGCAACGUAGCGGCAGAGUGGAGGAACACAUUCCAUAAAGACGUCGUUGUAGAUCUGGUUUCUUACAGACGUAACGGCCACAAUGAGAUGGACGAGCCGAUGUUCACCCAGCCACUGAUGUACAAGCAGAUAAAGAAGCAGAAAGGAGUUUUGCAGACGUUUGUAGAGAAGCUCGUUGCUGAAGGAGUCGUCACAACACAACACUACGAGGAGGAAGUAGCUCGAUACGACAAAAUCUGCGAGGACGCUUUUGCUCACUCCAAAGACGAGAAGAUCCUCCACACCAAACACUGGCUGGACUCUCCCUGGCCAGGUUUUUUCACUCUGGAUGGUCAACCUAAAACUAUGAGCUGUCCUUCCACUGGUAUUCGAGAAGAUGAGCUCUGUCACAUUGGAAACAUCGCAGCCUCUGUCCCGGUGAAAGAUUUCAUGAUACAUGGAGGGUUGAGUCGGAUUUUGAAGGGACGCGCAGAUAUGGUGAGCCAGCGAGUGUGUGACUGGGCCCUCGGAGAGUACAUGGCCUUCGGCUCUCUGCUCAAAGAGGGCAUCCACGUGCGUCUCAGCGGACAGGAUGUAGAGAGGGGGACGUUCAGCCAUCGACAUCACGUUCUCCACGACCAGAACGUUGAUAAGAGGAUCUGCAUCCCGAUGAACUCCAUCUCCCCUGAUCAGGCUCCUUACACCGUGUGCAACAGCUCCCUGUCUGAGUACGGAGUCCUGGGUUUUGAGCUCGGCUUCGCCAUGGCCAGUCCCAAAGCUCUGGUUCUGUGGGAGGCCCAGUUUGGAGACUUCCACAACAUGGCUCAGUGCAUCAUCGACCAGUUCAUCAGCUCCGGACAGGCCAAGUGGGUCAGACAGAACGGCAUAGUGCUGCUUCUUCCCCACGGCAUGGAGGGCAUGGGUCCAGAGCAUUCAUCCGCCCGUCCUGAGAGGUUCCUACAGAUGUGCAAUGACGACCCAGAUGUUUUUCCUAAAGUCACAGGAGACUUUGCGGUGCAUCAGCUUUAUGACUGUAACUGGAUCGUGGUCAACUGCUCCACUCCUGCAAACUACUUCCAUGUCCUGCGCAGGCAGAUCCUGCUGCCCUUCAGGAAGCCUCUCAUCGUGUUUACCCCAAAGUCGCUGUUGCGUCACCCGGAGGCCAAAUCGAGCUUCGACAACAUGCUGCCUGGUACCCACUUCCAGCGCCUCAUCCCGGAUGAGGGGCCCGCAGCUGUUGGCCCCCAGAACGUGAGGAGGGUCGUUUUCUGCACAGGCAAGAUUUACUACGACCUCAUCAGAGAACGUAAGAGCAGAGGCCUGGAGGAUGCUGUCGCUGUCGUCCGCAUCGAGCAGCUGUCUCCGUUCCCCUUCGACCUGGUGAAAGCCGAGGCCGAUCGGUUCCAGAACGCCGAUCUGGUUUGGUGUCAGGAGGAGCAUAAGAACCAGGGUUACUACGACUACGUCAAGCCCCGCCUCCGUACGACAAUAAACCGCAAGCGCCCCAUGUGGUAUGCUGGCCGUGAGCCCGCCGCAGCUCCAGCCACUGGAAACAAACACACUCACCUGACGGAGCUCCAGCGUUUACUGGACACAGCCUUCGAUCUGGAAACUUCCCCAGGGAAACUGUAACGGCCCCAGAACGCCACAGCCCAGACCGGACUGUUUUCACUGUUACCAUGAAGACUGUGUUCACAGUGAGACACGAUGCCGAAGGAAAACUACAGAACCGCUGAUUCAUUCAUUUAUUGAUUUUGGUGAAAUAUCUGCAGAAUAACAAUAAUCAGUUAAAGAAUAUUUAACUAUUAAAAGGAAGGUUGUGGGAAAAUCUAAAACUCAGAAACUCAGAAAAGCAAACAGCCAGAUUGGUGACAUGGUAAAAACUUUCA